AGGCCAUUAACGAAAUGCCACCGCCCACUGAUGUAUCUGGUGUUCGGUCCUUCCUAGGAGCAAUUAAUUACUACGGAAAAUUUGUUCCUCGUAUGCGCUGUCUGCGGUAUCCUCUUGAUGAGCUGCUCAAAGCGGAUGCGAAACUCAAGUGGACAGCAGAAUGCCAGGCGGCAUUCAACAAAUUUAAGGAGUUGCUGAAAUCUGACCUACUGUUGACACACUACAACCCUGCACUUGAUAUAGUGGUGUCGGCAGAUGCGUCGUCUAUUGGUGUUGGUGCUACUUUGUCACACAAAUUUCCGGACGGCACUCUCAAAGUUGUAUACCACGCUUCCAGAGCAUUAACAGCGGCAGAGAAAAACUACAGUCAGCCCGAUCGUGAAGGACUUGCGAUAAUUUUUGCGGUGACCAAGUUUCAUAAAAUGCUGUUUGGUCGUCGCUUUCAUCUUCAGACAGAUCACGAGCCGUUGCUGAGAAUCUUCGGUUCAAGAAAAGGGAUUCCUGUUUACACAUCGAACCGAUUACAACGUUGGGCUCUUACGCUGUUGCUUUAUGAGUUCACCAUCGAGCACGUUCCGACAGCGAAACUCGGCAAUGCUGACAUACUUUCCCGUCUGAUCAGCCAGCACGUCAGGCCUGAGGAAGAUUAUGUGAUUGCUUCGGUCUCUCUGGAAAAUGACUUAAGGUCAGUUACACAAGAUGCAUUAACCGUUCUUCCUUUAAGUUUUAGGAUCGUACAACAGUCUACACAGUCCGAUCCUAUUACCAAGGCAGUUUAUCGUUACCUCCUUGAUGGGUGGCCUAAAACCGUUACCGAUGCAGAGCUCAAACGGUUUUAUGCUCGACGUGAAUCUCUUACCACGGUACAAGGCUGCAUACUAUUCGGCGAUCGACUGGUUAUACCAUCGCCCCAUCGCAAGCGUAGUCUUCAUCAACUUCAUCGUGGCCACCCUGGAAUUCAGCGAAUGAAGGCGAUUGCCAGGUCAUAUGUUUAUUGGCCAACUCUCAACAGCGACAUUGUUGAUUUCGUCAAAUCCUGCCGUCAAUGUGCGAUGGCUGCGAAAAAACCGAAGUCAGCGCCGUUGUCAUGGCCUAAAUCAUCGAAACCGUGGCAGCGCGUUCACCUUGAUUAUGCUGGACCGAUCGACGGGGAAUACUACCUGGUUGUCGUAGACUCUUUUUCAAAAUGGCCUGAAAUUGUGCAGACGAGAAGUAUCACUACAGCCGCCACAGUGAAAAUCCUCAGAGAUCUGUUCGCUCGCUUGGGAAUGCCAGAGACGCUGGUGAGUGAUAAUGGAUCCCAAUUCACCAGUGCAGAGUUUCAAUCGUACUGUACGAACAACGGCAUCGAGCAUCUUACAACAGCACCAUUCCACCCUCAAUCGAACGGUCAAGCCGAGCGAUUCGUGGAUACGUUUAAACGAUCGAUUAAAAAGAUUAAGGAGGGGAGAGCGACAAUGUGUGAUGCUCUCAGUACAUUUCUUCAGACUUACCGGAGUACACCUUGUUUUUCAUCUCCAGACGGCAAAUCACUAGCAGAAGUUUUGUUCGGUCGUCCGAUUCGUACUAAUUUGGAUCUGCUCCGUCCACCAUCCGAUCGUGUACAAUUGGAACAAUCGAGCGAGAUUCAUCCCUUAAAGCGACAAUUCAUCGUUAAGGAUACGGUGUAUGCAAAAGUAUUCGUCAAGAACCAAUGGCACUGGGUUUCAGGAACAGUUUUGGAACGUGUAGGUCGUGCAAUGUACAACGUUCAGCUCGAGAAUGGUAAGCUUAUUCGGUCCCACGUUAACCAGCUUCGAGAUCGUGCUAAUUCAGAGAGUCGCAGAGUACCAGCAUUGACAGAUAGAACGAAACUUCCUCUCAGCAUUCUACUCGAUGCUUGGAACCUUCCGGCUCGUUGCACACCAGAUCCAUUAGCACAUUCAACACCAGUAGCACCCAUUCCAAGCUGCUCUAGUUCGAGACAGUCGUCAGUACCGAAUACCUUGUUGAGAAGGCCCACAUUGUCAUCGGAGUCUUCGUUGUCAGCAUCGUCUUCGUCAUCUUCGACAACGCCAAAUUCAACAUCAGAAUUUCAGUCUGCUAAGGAAGCCGACUCAGCUGUACAGGUUCCUCGCGUGUACGAAGAGCUCCGCAAUGGUUCGAUCCCUAUCAGCUGUAUUAGAAGGGGAGAUGUUGGAGACGUGACCAUCCCUACAACCCAAUAGUAAUCGCUGGGCUCACUGGUGGCAGCCCGACUGUCACUCAGUUGAUGCACCGACCAGCAUCCGGUCUAUGUGUCAGAAUCAGAAUGUGAUAUGUAGUAGAAUAAGUAACACGCGUUUUUACCUCUAACUGUGCGUCUAUUAAUAAAGUCAGUUUUUAAUGUUUGGGUCGUGUUAUAUUCAUUAUCGGUCACCUCCGAACACACCCA